AUGAAGCUGGGAGGAUCGCUAGGGCAUGGCUAUACGGCGCCGCCGCUCAAAGCACGACGAACUUCCAAGAAGCACCACUCCAUCCGACCACUGCAGCCAACAAUUGAGCCACGCGAGCCGGCAUUCACUGUCGUCGAGGAGGAAGCCGCGAAGCUAGAAAUUUACGACCCAAUCAUCGACUCGCUCGCCCUCACAGCGUUCCGCAAUGCAGUCGAGGAGUAUAUGCUCAGGUUCCUCUCAAUAGUCCGCCUCUCGAUGCACGCAGCCCGCCGAACUUACCCGAUCGCACCAGACUUCGAGCGCGCUAUCGCCUCCCUCGACGUGCCUGACCUGAGCGACCAGCUCCGCGCAUACCAGAUCGGCACACCUGACAGCAAUCAACCGCUGCUCCCGACACCCCCUCCAGAUGAUGUCUUCCACACAAGCGCCGUCCUACCACCAUCACUACUCGGUCCGGAGCUCGAGUCCCAAGACGGCCUGCAGAAGUUUCACCGAAACCCUAAAUUUCUCCCACCGCUCCCCCCGUCACACACAUAUAAGAAGACACCCUUCGUCCCGCCCCGCGAAAACGACUCCCGAAGGAUUAGAGAGCUCGCAACCGAAGAAGGCAAGCUCGGCGAGCAGGCCCUGCGCAAGCUGGCCGGUGCGGUCAAGCUCGACAUGACGCACCCAGUUGAUCAUGAGACGCACAAGCAGGCAUUGUCGUCUGCUGGCGCCGCGGUGGGACCUUUUAGGAACAACAGGCGGAGACGGAAGAGUCUGAAUGAGGCGGCGAUAUUCGAGGAGACGAUGCGCAGCUAUCUCAAGGCUGAGCCGGAUGGGUUUGAGUUAGGGCCGAUUGUUACCGCUGAGAAGGGGGUGAAGAUGCCUGAUGAUGGGCUGCCUAGUAAGGCGAGGAGGAGUGGGUCAGAUUCGGCAGCAGACAAAGCGCAGGACGUAGGUGGCUCAUCCUCGAGGCGGUCGACUGACACGCGUAUGGCGGGUGUCGAGGUGAUGGAGCUGUAG